AGACCGGAAGUGGUUCCCAGGGGGAAGGCGCUGCCGGCCGGGGCCAUUCGCGAGCCGGGGACCUGGCGAGGCGAUGAAGCCAGCAGUGGACGAGAUGUUCCCCGAGGGCGCCGGGCCCUACGUGGACCUGGACGAGGCAGGAGGAAGUACAGGUUUAUUGAUGGACUUAGCAGCUAAUGAAAAGGCAGUUCAUGCAGAUUUCUUUAAUGAUUUUGAAGAUCUUUUUGAUGAUGAUGACAUCCAGUGAAAUUACUCUUCCAGCUAUGCAAUGCUAAGGUGUGGAAUCCUCCUGUAGGAUUGUCUUUUGUUUGUUUAAAAAAAACCCCAAAACCCAGAGAGAAUCUGUAUGUUAUCUCUGAAGAGCCAUUGGAAACUAGAAGAUUGGUAAAGAUGACAGAAGAAAGGAGUUGCGAACUGUUAUCACUAGGUUACGUGUAGAUUUUCUUCAAUUUUAUUUGCUGAUGUGCUUGUUGAAUAAAAUAUGAACAAAAUCUCUC